CUGGCACUGGCGGUGAUCUCGACGCACUCUGGUCUGGAAGACUGAAGUCUCCUCUGUGCCAAUCUGUCUUGUCAAAUAUAUCGCUACAAGGGGCGCGACUAUUGUCUUCCUGACAUUAACUAGGCGGGGUCGACUAUCCCCGCGAUGGACACGGUGGAUCCUCGAACUCGGCACAAGGUUUCUUUGAACCCUGCCGCUCUAGGGGCAAAGUCAACACUGCUCCCCCAAGCACUCCUGUCGGACGCGCUCGUAGUAUUGGCGCUUCAAGCGGGCAAGGCUUCCCUCUUUUCCAUUGAUGUCGGUGUUUUCUGGGUACUUGUAAGGUUUCUGGCAUGCGGAGCCACGGGCCUUAUGAUUUGGGUCGCAAGUACAGGGCAGCUCCAGAAGAAGAGGUCGAUUGAGGUAUUGGUCUCAUUGGGAAUGGCCUCGCUUCUACUGUUCCUGAGACAGGCAGGCCUGACUACAGCCCUGUAUAGACUUCCUGCUUCACGCGUGGUCAUCAUCCACCAAUUCUCGGCUAUGUGGUUUAAGUCGCUCAUAGCUCCCUCGUCUCUACUGCAAACAUGUGCGGUUGUAGCAGCAUUGUCAAUAGCCUUCCUCUCCGACUCCGGCCUUUCCUCCGAAGGAUUCCACGAGAUGUUGCCUGCAUACGGAGCGUUGCUCGUGGAAGCGGGUGCUUCCAGUGCACUUGACCACACCCAAAGUGUCCUCUUGCCUUCUCUCGGCGAACCUAUGUCUAUGGCCCUGAGCACACUUGGAGCGUCCAUCUUCAGCUUCCCUCUCUACUUGCUCAGACACGUCAUGACGGAUGUAGCUGCUCCGCCCUCCCUGUCCCUCACUUCACUAGCCGUCGUACCUUUCCUCGCCUACGUGCUGCUCUUUAGAGCCCCACAGACAUCCAAGACCACUAAGAGCCCUGCUUUUCCUCCGCAAUACUACCUCUUCUCGUACCCGCUAGUCGUCCUGACCUCACUCGCGCUUGGUCUCUUCUCUCUGGGUCGUUAUCCUCGACUGUCCGACUUUCUCAUCGCUCCGCUGCUGCUGUAUGGUGUGUACCCGCGUACGGCGGACUUGUCUGGUCCCUCCCCGUACGCAUCAAGCUCGCGUGUGAUCAAGGCCUACCUUAAGUCCAUCCUGUCCAACCCGACCAUUCAUAUGGCAUUUGACUGCAUGGCUAUUGGAGUGGGUCUCAUUGCCAGUGUCAUGGCACGCUGGCCUCCAAAUGAGCGAUUUACCUAUGGUUAUGGUCGCAUCGAGACGCUCUCGGGCUUCGCCAAUGGCAUCUUCCUCGUUUUGAUCUCGUUCUUCAUCAUCUUCGAGGCCAUUCAGCGGUUGUACAUUGGACCCCCAGAGAUGAACACCAAUCAGCUGUUGCUCGUCAGCUCGCUGGGGCUCGGGGUGAAUUUGUUCGGAAUGUUCGCUAUGGGUGGACAUCAUCAUCAUGGCGGUCAUUCUCAUUCGCAUGGUCAUGGGCACAGUCACGGCGACGCUCCUAGUCCUAGUCCCUCCACUUCGUCUUUCGGCGAACAUGCACACGAACAUGAAGAUCACUCACAUUCGCAUGUGGCAGAUGAGGUUCAUCACUCGCAUGACCAUUCGCAUGACGAUCAUGCGCAUUCGCAUUCGCACGACGAUGACCACCACUCGCACUCUCACUCACAUGCUCAUACCGACUCUUGCGCGCAUGAUCAUAGCGAUGCCACUCUUUCUACCUCUCAUCCUUCGGAAGCGCACGCACAUUCGCAUUCCCAAUCGCACUCACCUCCGCCACUCUCUAUCACGCCUCCCGACCGCCACAUUCCCGCGCCCCUCAUCAACAUCACCACCAGCGACUCACCGAGUUCUGCCCACCCUCACUCGCAUUCACACUCGCACGCGCACGGGCCACCAAGCCCGUUACAAGACAACGAGUUGCUCCUCCCUAUCCCGAAGCACCUACGGCUGGGCGAGGCCGACAGUCCGCUCACGCCCAGCUACCGCUUCGGACACGACCCGCACUUCGAGACGCACCAUACGCACGCGUCGGGCUCUGGACACGCCCCGAACUUGCAUGACCACAGCCACGAGCACCAUGCUCAUGAAGGGCACAGUCACAACAUGAGAGGCGUGUUUCUGCACGUCAUGGCGGACACUUUGGGUUCUGUCGGGGUCAUAGCGUCGACGUUGCUCAUCAAGUACUACGGCUGGACAGGCUUUGACCCCAUCGCGUCACUCUUCAUCGCCAUCCUGAUCGCCGCGAGCGUCAUCCCGCUCCUCCCGACAGUCGAGGGACUCGCAUCGUAUACCAGGCCGCGCUUCUGGCCGAAAGACGACUCAGGCAUCAUCGGCAGCAUCCACAUCCAGCUCGCACCCUCAGCCUCGUCGCACGACCCGGCUGGGCCACACUCGACUCGGCGGACCACGUUCACAAACGUCGAUCGGGUCGUCGAGCGCGUCGACAAGCUGCUGCGGAGCCGCAUCUCUGGGCUGGAGGAGCUCACCAUCCAAGUUGAGGAAUCAUGAUAAGAUACCUCCUAGUAUAUAUCCUUGGGAUCCAGUCUAUCCGGGGCGAGCGAUGCACACGUGUACAGUACA